AUAUGCGGAGAAGAUAAACAGUAUGGACGAGUUGUUUAAUACCGAAAAAUAAGUAAUUGAAUGUGUCAGUAAUCGUAUCUAUCCGUAUAAGACGUUUUGCGAGACAAAUUGGGUGUCAUCAUGUCCCAGGCCUGGCAGAGGUUUGGUUGGGGCAGGUUUACUGAAGUGGACCUCUUCACUGACCGCUAUGGGACCAAUAUCGAGUCCCUGUCCCAGGCCAUCAGAGCUGCAGCGUCCGAGGAGCCGGACGCAGAUGGCAGUGUGCUGUUUGGCCACAUAAAGGGCAAUGUGGUCGGCCUCAGAUAUUACAAAGGAGUGGUCAAUCCGGGGGAAAUGGUUGGUUUAGUGCGAGAGCCCCAGAACCAAUAUGACCGCAAUGCAGUGAUGGUUACCAACAUUAAUGGUAAUCGGGUUGGACACAUAAAGCGGGAGCUGGCAGCACCUAUGGCCCACAUCAUGGACAACAACUUGGCUAAAGUGGAGGGUGUGGUGUACUUAGGAACUACCAACCAGUUUAAUAUGCCUGUGACGCUGUCGUUCUGGGGGAGAGAAGAGAACAAAGAUGCCGUGACUAAAUCCUUGGCACGCCAUGGUUUUAAACUGAACAUGGGUCUAGUCCUGGCAAAAGGAACAGGAAAAUAUAAUCAACCAGGUGCUUUUGCAACGGCGUCUAAAAAAGGUGUGACCAUCCCACUAACUGCAGAGGAGCUGAAGAAUGCAUUUGAUAAUCUGUUCGAGGGCCUGAUGGAGAGUAAAGAUGGGGAAAGAGAAGCAGCUGAGUCUGUGGGCACUCCUCUCUUGCUUCACCAGAAGCAGGCACUGUCCUGGAUGUGUGCUCGAGAAAACAAAUCUGCACUGCCACCGUUCUGGGAGAAGAGAGGAGACCUGUACUACAACACCGUCACAUGUUUCUCUGCCAAAGAAGUACCAGAGAGGGUUCGUGGGGGAAUAUUGGCAGAUGACAUGGGACUGGGAAAAACUCUGACGACCAUUGCUCUGAUCCUCACCAACUUCCACAAUGGAAAACCACUGCCUGUGGAGAAAUGUGAAAAGGGGUCCUCACCUAUGAAAGCCGCAACCAAACCACUGACGGAUUCCAAACUGGAAGGAAGCAGCAGUGCUGUGGAUGAAGGGGCAAGAGUUAGUGAUGCAACUGCUGCUUCUCUAUGCUCAGACCUUCCUCAGGCAGAGGUCAUCUGUGUUGAUAAACCAGACAUUGUGGACCUAACAGAUUCGCGCAAAGGAAAGGCUAAAGCCACCAAGCGAAAGGCCACUAAAGUGGCCCCAAAGCUGCUGGACGAUCUGGACUUUGCUGCAGCACUCAGUGGGUCAGCAGCACCAGACACAGCCUCAAAAAAGAAGAAAACUGCCAAAAAAGCCACUCCAGCAUCAACCACUGCCGUUGAGGAACCUGAAAGUGCCGAAGAUCUGUCAGCCAGAGCAACCCUAAUCAUCUGCCCGCUGUCUGUGCUCAGCAACUGGCUGGAGCAGUUUGAGCAGCAUGUGCGUGCCAAUGUGAAGCUGAACGUGUACUUGUAUUACGGCGCGGAGCGCAACAGGAGCCAGAAGUUUUUGUCCUCCCAGGAUGUGGUGAUCACCACCUACAACGUUCUGUCCACUGACUUUGGGAAUAAAAGUCCCCUCCACGGGAUCAGGUGGCUGAGGGUCGUUCUGGAUGAGGGACACGUCGUAAGAAACCCAAAUGCACAGAUGAGCAAGGCUGUGCUCGACCUGAAAGCCAGCCGACGCUGGAUUCUUUCAGGUACUCCAAUCCAGAACCACGUGAAAGACCUGUGGAUGCUGCUGGCUUUCCUGCGCGUGAAGCCGUUUGACGUGAAAGAGUGGUGGAACAGAGUGAUCCAGAGGCCCGUCACGCAGGGAGACAAGACCGGCCUGCAGAACCUUCAGACUCUGGUGAAGUGCAUCACGCUGCGGCGGACCAAGAGCACUGAGGUGAAUGGGCGCCUCCUGGUGUCUCUGCCCGAGAAGUCCAUAUUUGUGGAGCAGGUGGAGCUGAGCCAGCAGGAGAGAGAGGAGUACGAGCUGGCGCGCAAUGAAGGGAGAAACACCAUCAGCAGAUAUGUAGCAGAAGGGACAAUGUUGGGGAACUAUGCUGAUGUGUUGGUCAUCCUGAUGAGGCUUCGACAGCACUGCUGCCACCCUGGUCUGCUGUCUAAGACGUCCCCGGAAUCAGGUGCUGCAGCGACACCCACAGAGCUGAGAGAGCGUCUGAUAGAGAAGCUGCGGUUGGUGUUGGCCAGCGGCUCUGAUGAGGAAUGCGCCGUGUGUCUCGAGUCGGUCCGUCUCCCCGUCAUCACACACUGUGCCCAUGUUUACUGCCAGCCCUGCAUCGCACAGGUCAUCUGCGUUGAGAAGGAGACGGCGCGCUGUCCUCUCUGUCGAAGUGAAAUCAAAACCAGUGAGCUUGUGGAGUUUCCACAGGAGGAAAUGGAAGAAGACAAUGGGACAAAUUCUGAGAGGUGGAGGACAAGCUCAAAGGUGCAGGCGCUUCUGGGAAACCUGUUGAGGCUGCGAUGUGAAGACGGCAGCAUCAAGUGUUUGGUCGUCUCUCAGUUUACACGUUUCCUCACCAUACUGGAGACUCCACUCAGAGAGCAUGGUUUCACUUUUGUGCGUCUGGAUGGUACCAUGAGCCAGAAGAAGAGGACACAGGUGAUCCGGGAGUUUCAGAGCUCUGCAGCUGAAAGCCCUACCAUCAUGCUGCUGUCACUCAAAGCUGGAGGGGUGGGGCUCAACCUGACCGCCGCCUCUCGUGUUUUCCUCAUGGACCCUGCAUGGAACCCAGCAACUGAGGAGCAGUGUAUUGACCGCUGCCACCGUCUGGGUCAGACCAAGAAAGUUGUCGUCACCAAGUUUAUUGUCAAAGACUCGGUUGAGGAGAACAUGGUGAAGAUCCAGAGGCAGAAGCAGGACCUGGUGGAGAAAGCGUUCGGCUCCACAAGCGCCAACAGGAAAACCUCUCGCAUUGAUGACAUCAAAGCUCUAAUGGAGCUGUAGAUGGACACACGUGAACAUGGCCUUUAAGUUCACAGACCGUUCGAGCUGCAGUAGACUGUAUUGCUGGUAAAUAGUUGAUUGAGGGUCAUAAAACAGCUCGCUCCAACACACCUGAUUCAAAUAAGUGGGUCGUUUUCAGGCUUCUGCAGUGCUUGCUGAUGAGCUGACUAUUUGAAUCAGGUGUGUUGGAGCAGUGAAACAACUGAACACCAGAAUUGACAAACACUGAUAUCUGAUAUAGAAGAUGGGUUUAGUGUUGUGAGCACUCCCUGCAUUCCAAAUAGUUGAGAUAAAUUCUAAUCUCCAUAUGACGCAGGCGAGUGCAGAAAAAUGCACGUUGCUCUUGGCUCUGUGUGAAGGCCACUUAGACCUUCCUUCUUUUUUCUUAGGUUUCUUUGCAGCACAGGAGAUAGUUUUCUGUUGCUGCAUCACUGGAAAGGAUUUGUGUGCACAGUAAGUAAAGUGGAACACUCGUCAAAGUCGACUUUGACGAGUGUGUUCCACUUGGAAUUAAACGGUUUUGAUGGUUUAGGGCAGUGUUUCCCAACCCUGGUCCUCAGGGAACACUGCCCUGCUUGUUUAACAUGUUGCCCUGCUCUAACACACCUGAUUCAGAUGAACAGCUCGUGAUCAGCUGACCAUUUGAAUCAGGUGUGUUGGAGCAGGGCAACAUCUAAAACAUGCAGGGCAGUGUUCCCUGAGGACCAGGGUUGGGAAACACUAGUUUAGGGGACAAGCUUUUCCUUCAUGUUCAGUUGUAUUGCACAGGGCCUGUUUGUCUUGAUAUAUGAUUCCUUAUAAAAGAGUGUUAUGCUAAUGCAUGGAGGUGGCUGGUAAAGAUGUUAUUACCUGGUAAUAAAGAAAUAAGAAGCCACCUCCUGACAAAAGGUCCCAGAUUCUGGAACUACUGUGUUUAUCUGGGUCGAGCAGAUUUUUGAUUAUGCUCUGCUGCUUGUACACUUUUUUUCUUUUUUCCACAGGAUGUCUGAGGGUUUGACUGUUGAUUGAACAAGUCAUUUAAAGAUUACCGUGGGCUCAAAUCGUUGUUGUUUUUUUUCCCCAGAAUCUUAAUUUUAUCAUACAUCAGGACUAAGAAGUACCUGCAAAAAGUUUGUCCUUUUUCAUUUCACGUUAAAAUGCUCUAUAAUGUUUAAUUAAGCCAACAUGUAGUUCUAAAAAGGCCACAAGGUGGAGCCAACUUCAUGGAUUAUAAUGAUCCUUUUCAAGAGUUGAGUUCAACAUGAAACUAAAAUGUGAGGUAAGGUGACUUCAUGUUUUACAAAGAUUUAAAUAAUAUUAAAAACUUUUUGGUCAGGA